GGAUAUAGUGCGGCAAGGCGCGGAGCUUGCAGUCACUUUGCGAGGAGGAGCGCGCGGGCUGCGGGCGGCUGGGGCACCCGGGAGCGGCGGCGGGCUAGCAGAGGCGGCCGUGGCAGCUGAAGGUUCUCUCUCCGGGGCUGGACUUAAUAACUUUGGAACUGUCCGCCGGUGUCACGUCCUGAACAUGAGCCUCCUCCUCUCCUUCUACCUGCUCGGGUUGCUUGUCAGUAGCGGGCAAGCUCUUCUUCAAGUGACAAUUUCACUUAGCAAAGUAGAGCUUAGUGUGGGUGAAUCUAAAUUCUUCACAUGUACAGCAAUUGGCGAGCCUGAGAGUAUAGACUGGUACAACCCUCAAGGAGAGAAGAUCAUUUCAACGCAGAGGGUUAUGCUACAGAAGGAGGGCGUCAGGUCUCGACUAACCAUCUACAACGCCAACAUAGAAGAUGCAGGAAUAUAUCGCUGUCAAGCGACAGAUGCCAAAGGGCAGACACAAGAAGCUACAGUAGUUUUGGAAAUUUACCAAAAACUCACCUUCAGAGAAGUGCUGUCCCCUCAAGAGUUCAAGCAAGGGGAGGAUGCGGAAGUGGUUUGCAGAGUGAGCAGUUCCCCCGCCCCUGCGGUCAGCUGGCUGUAUCACAAUGAGGAAGUCACCACCAUCCCCGACAAUCGGUUUGCUGUGCUUGCAAACAAUAAUUUGCAGAUCCUCAACAUCAAUAAAAGUGAUGAAGGUAUAUACAGAUGUGAAGGAAGAGUGGAGGCCAGGGGAGAGAUUGACUUCCGGGACAUUAUUGUUAUUGUAAACGUUCCGCCAGCAAUCGUGAUGCCCCAAAAGUCCUUCAAUGCCACUGCAGAGAGAGGAGAAGAGAUGACCUUAACCUGCAAGGCCUCGGGCUCCCCAGAUCCUACCAUCUCUUGGUUCAGGAAUGGCAAACUCAUUGAAGAAAAUGAAAAGUAUAUUUUAAAGGGCAGUAAUACAGAGCUCACGGUCAGAAACAUAAUCAAUAAAGAUGGGGGCUCUUAUGUCUGCAAAGCCACAAAUAAGGCGGGGGAGGAUCAGAAGCAGGCCUUCCUUCAAGUCUUCGUGCAGCCUCAUGUAUUACAACUCAAGAAUGAGACGACGUCUGAGAAUGGUCACGUCACACUCAUCUGUGAAGCAGAAGGGGAGCCCGUUCCAGAAAUCACAUGGAAAAGAGCCGUAGACGGAGUCACAUUUUCUGAAGGUGACAAGAGCCCGGAUGGCCGCAUCGAAGUUAAAGGGCAGCAUGGCCGCUCUUCACUGCACAUCAGAGAUGUGAAGUUGUCAGAUUCAGGAAGAUAUGACUGUGAGGCUGCGAGUAGAAUUGGCGGGCACCAGAGAAGCAUGCAUCUUGACAUCGAAUAUGCUCCUAAGUUUGUUUCAAAUCAGACAAUGUAUUACUCUUGGGAAGGAAAUCCAAUCAAUAUAAGUUGUGAUGUGAAAGCAAAUCCACCUGCCUCAAUCCACUGGAGAAGAGAGAAAUUGGUCUUACCAGCUAAAAACACCACUCAUUUAAAAACUCACAGUGUGGGAAGAAAGAUGAUACUUGAGAUUGCCCCUACAUCAGACAAUGACUUUGGACGAUAUAACUGCACUGCGACUAACCGUAUAGGCACGAGAUUCCAGGAGUAUAUUCUUGAGUUAGCAGAUGUCCCCUCUAGUCCCCGUGGAGUGAAGAUUAUAGAGCUGUCACAGACCACAGCCAAGAUCUCUUUCAAUAAACCCGAGUCCCAUGGAGGGGUGCCCAUUCAUCACUACCAAGUGGAUGUCAAGGAAGUGACAUCAGAGACCUGGAAGAUAGUACGCUCCCAUGGAGUUCAAACGACGGUUGUUUUGAGCAGCCUGGAACCAAAUACAACAUAUGAAGUCAGGGUUGCAGCAGUGAAUGGCAAAGGGCAAGGAGACUACAGUAAAAUAGAAAUAUUCCAGACACUGCCAGUUCGUGAGCCAAGUCCCCCUUCCAUACAUGGACAGCCAAGCAGUGGGAAGAGUUUUAAAAUCAGCAUCACCAAGCAAGAUGAUGGAGGGGCUCCCAUUUUAGAAUACAUUGUGAAAUACAGAAGUAAAGACAAGGAAGAUCAGUGGCUAGAGAAGAAGGUGCAGGGAAAUAAAGACCACAUUAUCUUGGAGCAUCUGCAGUGGACAAUGGGUUAUGAAGUUCAAAUCACAGCUGCCAACAGACUUGGGUAUUCUGAGCCAACUGUAUAUGAGUUCAGCAUGCCUCCAAAGCCCAACAUUAUUAAAGACACACUUUUUAAUGGCCUCGGCCUCGGAGCCAUCAUUGGCCUUGGAGUCGCUGCCCUUUUGCUAAUCCUUGUGGUAACAGAUGUCAGCUGCUUCUUCAUUCGACAAUGCGGGUUGUUAAUGUGCAUCACCAGACGAAUGUGUGGGAAAAAGAGUGGCUCCAGUGGGAAAAGUAAGGAACUUGAAGAAGGAAAAGCAGCGUACCUGAAAGAUGGAUCAAAAGAACCAAUAGUGGAAAUGAGAACAGAGGAUGAAAGAAUCACUAACCAUGAAGACGGGAGUCCAGUAAACGAGCCAAAUGAAACCACACCACUAACAGAACCUGAAAAAUUGCCUUUAAAAGAAGAAAAUGGAAAAGAAGUUUUAAAUGCAGAAACUAUAGAAAUUAAAGUGUCUAAUGACAUCAUCCAGUCUAAAGAAGAUGACAUCAAGGCAUAACCACAAGUUUCAGCAACUCGGUCAGCACCACAAGGAGCAUUUGGAUUGCAGUGACACUAUGACCAAAACUAUUCCAUUGACCUUAAUUUCUAGGGAAAAGUCUAGCUUGGAAUAGCUUGUACACAUAUACAUACGAUCAACCCCUCCUGCCACAGCCCGUUUCCUUCUGUUAUUGUGGUGAUGGUGGUUAUUUUGUUAAGAAACAGGUAUAAAGGCUUGAUUGGCACCUAUUUUAGGGUUUCGGUUUCAUUCUAUAAUUGAAGUACUGCAAUUUCUUAGAUGGCUAAAGUGUUUUUUCUUUUUUGUCUUCUGUGACACCAACAAAUACAUUUCUCUCUAAAACAUUAGGUUGUAAUGGAAGGCAGAGCGAAAGCAUUGUGAGCUAAGUAUGUAGGAAGUGUGUGAGAGCGCUGCAUGUUUAAGAUCUUGUCUUGGGCAAACACACUCUUGUGGGGGCUUUCAGACUAAGACGAAGGCACAUCCGGGGAAUUUCAGGGAACCCAGGCUUGAAAGAGCCAAUCAGUUACCUUUCGCCGAUAUUAGAAAUUGAAAAAUCGUUGGAGAACUCUUUCAACUUAUGGCCACAUUGCGUUUUCAACAUCGAUCUUAGGUAUAUUGAUACCAGGACAAAAUUGUUACACAUUCGAAAGAAGCUUAGCUGUGUGUAAAAUUAGAGUAGAAAGAUUCCUAAAUCUCUUUUUAUGUAUACCAUAUUCACUCACCGUGGAGUACACAAAAAGUAAAUGUAUUACACGUAAAAAUGGUAUUGAUUUCUGCCCUCAGCUUCAAAUAAAGUGAAUUUAAAUGGGAAAAUAUCAAUAUGAUGUCUUGAUAUAUUUAUAAAUACAUGAUUAUUUUUAUUUAUAAAAUAAUUUAUCAAGAAUGAGGUUGUUUUCAAGUACUUCAACUCAUUUCAGAUAUAUUUUGGUGUAUUGCUUUAGAUGAUCGUAAAUAUUAUGUGUCCCUCAUUAAAUGAAAGUGGCUACUAGACUAUAAAAUUAUGUGUUAAACAUAUUUAAUUUAACAUACAAAUGUGUCAGAAAAAAACCUGAAUAAUUGAAACACUACUAAUGUUUUUAAAACAUUGCAUUCUAAAAUCCGUUUAAAACCUACUUUAAGAUUUUUGAUAAACAGCUAUGGUUGAAGCAACCAUUUAACAAUUCAACAUAAAGUUUCUAAUAUUACAUGUUAAGUAUUAUAUAAGAAUAUAUUAGUUACUAACAAGCUAUGCAAACUCCCUGAGGUCAAAGUCUGAAUUUUGAUUUAACUUAUGAGAAACAAACAAACAAACAAAAAUACCACAUUUGUGGCUAUCAGUAUACAUAGGUUAGGGGCAGGGGUUUGAAGAUUUCUUAAGUCAGAAUCUAGAAAGUUUCUAAAGACUCCCUCCUCCUCACAACCUUUGGUGUCUGGUUAUCAAGUAAACAGCUUCAACAUUAAUGUGCUGGAGAAUACAUUCUAAUAGCUUAUUGAAGGAAUGUUUUUAACAAUGCAGAUGGAUAUGCUCUUAUACAAUCUCUCUUCAUAUGUACCUUCACAAAAGUAUAAUAAAAUAGUAAUGCCACUCCAAAAUACUUUUAUUUAUAAAAUGCUUGUUUAUCAUCCAAGGAGAGCCCCAUGUAUGCUGUUCCUCACGUGCUAGUUGUUAACUAGAUUGAGUGUUCCCAACUGCAUGCUAAGGCGCUGUUAUAGCCACAGUGCUUUGCUGGAAAUUCAGGACUAACAAUUAAUACAGGGACCUCUUUGUUGCUCAUCAUGACAUAUUCUGAAGAGAGAGGGAGAGAGGAAAACACACACACACACACACACACACACACACACACACACAGAUCUGUGCCUAUUUGAGAAUCAGAACAGUGUCUAAAAUAAGCCAACAGACCAGUUUAACCCUUUGACCAGUGUGGCGAUAACACAUGUUCUUGACAGAUUUGCCUGGGGUGUUUAGCUUAUGUUUGUCUGGUUAACUGGCUUCCUUUGUAAAAUGUACUUCAUUAUGCUUGUUUUGUUUUGUACCAAACGUGCUAAAACUAGUCAGAAUACUUGAAUUUGUUUGUUUGUGUAAAGUGAACAGGCUUAGUGGUGUCUAUGAAGCAAUAGCCAUGAACACUGACGUUUUGUUUUUGUUUUUUCCUGGAUAGAACCACAUGGGUUUGAACUAAUGAUAUUAAAAUAAUUUGUAUGACUGAUAAAGCGAUUUCGCAUGUUUAGAAUUGUCAUGUUUGUGCUAUACGACAAGAACAGAGAAAUCAGACGAAAAAUAUUUUUUGUGUUUUCUCAAUUUGAAACUUUAAUUUUAUCAUAGCUUCAGAUUUUCUAUGUAAAGAAACCAAAUUAUAUAUAAUUAAAUUUCUUGUCCAUCUUAUGGAGCCAUUAGGUAACUUUGGAUAGAUACUGCACAUGGUAUCAAUUGUCCAGGAGAUGCUCAAUCAAAUUCAUCCUUGAAAUUGAUGCCCUGCAAUAACAAUAUAUUGAUUUGGAAAACAUUUAAAAUUUCAAAGAAAUUCUCUUAAUUAUACAAUUUGCAAAGUCUCUAAAUGAGAAAAGUUUUAUCUAACAUUCUCAACUCAUGGGUAAUCCUGAAAUUAUCUAUCUUUUAUUUUUAAUCCUGUUUUAGUCUAAAAAAUUAAUGUACCUUUAACUAUCUGAGAGUCCACUUAUAUGUUAUGAUACAAUACCCACUGGAAAAAUUUAAUUAUUAUUAAGUUAAUUUGAACUUUGUAACAAUUAAAACAAAGAGGCAAAUAAAUGUAACGUUAGGAACAUUAAAAAAAAAUACAAUCUCUAUUUGACAUCAUAUGAGAGGAAAUUUUAACAUUUGAAUUUAAUGCAUAUUUUAUUUUUAAAACUGGCACAAAUGAGUGUAUCAAAGUAAUUUUCAAUGAUUUUAAAAUGAGUUAGUAAUGGUGAUUUCAACAGGUUAAUUUAUGAUUUUGUGAUAAUAAGCAUUACUGCUCUACUUAUACUAAUCUCUAACAUUAACAGUCUUUAAAACAUUUAUUUUUAAUAGUAAUAUAUAAACCAACAUUUUCAAAGGGUUUUUGAUCCAACAGAUGUCAUAUGAAUUUCAGUCUUUGAGUUAAAGCAUAUAUAUAAAUAAAAAAGAUAUUACUAAUGAACUGAAUUACAAGUUCCAGCAACUAAUUGUAUAUUGAAAUCAUCUUAAUUGUUUGAAUAGUCAACAGGUAUCUGUGCCUUUAUAUUAGCAUGACAUUCUGUUAAGGAAAAAUUACAGCUACUCUCGCUGUUUAUAUGUUUUAAUCAAACAUGUGACACUAAAUCGACAGCGUUUACAUUCAGUGAAAAUAACUUAAACACAACCUCUUUUCCUUAGACAUAAAAUCCAAACAAAAAAAAAAAUGUAUACACUCAACUCUAUUUUAAUUUAUGACAAAAAGUACUUUAGUCCAUCUAUAAGAUACUUUGAUUUGUUCUAUAUUGUUUUUCUAGAUGAUAAGUCCAUAUUGAGAAAACUGUGACAUUAGCCCUAAGAAACACGAGAUGCUACUUGGAAACAGGGCAAUCACUUGAGUCCUCAGUGUUGCUGUUGACAAUAUUAACUGUCCAUAUGAUGACAAGAAAAACAAAUAUCAAAAUCUCUAUAAUUGAAACAGUCAAAAAAGUUUAAAUUUACAUUUUUAAUUUAAGAAAUAUUGGUGUAGCAUAUAAUAAUUUUUUAAUUAAAUUAUUUUUCAUGAAGUAUGAUAGAGAUUCUUAGUUUAAUUUCCUCCUGGAGUUUUCCUUCAGAUGGAUUGUUUUUUAGCAAUUCAUGAAAGGUGAAAAUCAUUUUUAAAUGAGAGGUUUCUUAUUUAUGUCAAAUUUUCUUCUCUUAACACUUUGGAAUAUCCUGUCGAAAACGUAAAUAGCAUAUAGAUAUAUUUACAUAUGCUGACAUGAAUUGUGGUUGGUUAAGAAAUCAAAUUUAAACACAGAUGUUAAAUUAUUUAAGAUAAAAUUAUAUAUAUGGUCUUAAUAAUAUUCUAAUAUGAAACAACUGUAUGUAUAAAUGAAAAUAUUAUAAAGGGCCUAGCAAUAGUAAAUGGUAAGUACAUGUAAUUUUCUUCCAGGCGCCACCAUUCUUUUUAUUUAUUUUAUUUUAUUUUAUUUUAUUUCUGUUCACCCAUGUAGAUGCAGCUAUUUUAACAAUAUUACUAAAAUAAUAAAUAUCUCCCUUUAUAUAAUAAUCUCUGAAUUUUAUAUUAUAUAUAAUGGUAAAUAUUUAUUUGGUAACACAUUUAACAUUCUUAAAAAUGCUUCCUUAUUAACGUAUUCAUUUAUAAUAUUUUAAAUCAAUUAGUUCAUUUUGUCUCUUUAAUCGUCUUGAUUUUUCCAAAAAUUUUUUUGGGUUAGAUCAGGCAUUGUUCAUGAUUAUUAUUAAUAGAUAUUGUAUAUCCUACCUUUUUCUUUUAUGAUUUAAAAGCGCAUAUCACUUUGUGUAUAAUUUUAGCCUUGCAUGGAAGAGAAUAAGUAAAGCAAUGAUGUUUGGAAUGUUUCUGCCACAUCCAAAUAGAAAAGAUGAGGAAAAGAGAAAUUAAACUAUAAGACAGAUGAACUUUUUAUUUGGAAGGUAUGGUAUACAGAAAUGCCUGAUCAAGGAAUAGAAACAUUAUAAGCAAAUGUUAGCACCAAUAAUGGCAGAGAAAGGAAAUACCCUAAUGGAAUCUAGAAGACCACCUAAACACCGAGAUAUGGUGUAAUUCACUUUGCAAAUGAGAUGUUUAAGCUAACGACAUACUGCUGUAAAAUUAUGAUAUCGUUAAAAAUAAAAACAAGUGUCUGCAUCUUCAAAAAAUUUUGUUGUUGGUUUAGGAUUUUCCUCUAACCCCUGUGAAAACUAAAUCAACAUGGAAAUAAACUAUUUUAAGAAACUCUUACAUUUGAGGGUAUAUGAAUUCUACAGUCUAAUCAGUAAUAAUAAAACAUGCAGUCAUUUAUCUUCUUUAACUUAUACCUUCCAUUCAAAUUCUUUAUUCUUAACUAUCCUGUUUUCUUAUUAUUUCGAUAUAGUAUGUCCCUAUGAAAUGCUGUAUAUAUAUGUCUAAACUGUAAAAAGUAUACUGCAAAUGUUGAAGUUUUGUAUUUAUGAAAGACAUUGAAAGUAUGGCUUAUGGUAUUUCAAAAUUGUCACUCUUCACCAUUUGUAUAUUAAUAGUAAAGAUACUUUUACUUUAAUAAAGUGUCAAAUUUUAUGCUUUUCUAAAAAUAUAUCAGUAGUGAGAGAGCUUGUAAUUAACAAAAUUUUAGUGUCUAGAACUUACAAACAUAUUACUAUGUAGCCAGAAGAAGAAUUGUUCUUGCCUUUUUGUAUCAUUUUGAAUCACAGAAUUAUGGCCUAAAAACAGCACCCAUAUCAGAAAAAAUAAACAAUUUCCAUAGAGACAUGAAA